AUAUGUAUGACGUAUAGAAGUUGCAAUCUAUUGCUUUCGUGAUUUCGCCUGCAUUCGCAGUACUCGAGUAGAAAUUCUUGGACCACUUUGGAUCACGUUGGAUCACCGUUGACCCACGUUGUUGAGUUCAGGUACAGGAAGUUCCAGCAAAGGCUCUACUAUGGCGGAAUCUUUAGAGCAAAUGGCAAAAUCUGACACUAUAAGACUGCGCGAUCGUUAUAUCGGGCAAUCGUGCAAGCUGUUUUAUAAAUCGAAUCCGUUAAAAAUCGUGAGAGCAGAGGGACAAUACAUGUACGAUGAGAAGAGUAAUAGAUACCUGGACUGCAUAAAUAACGUUGCGCACGUUGGCCACUGUCAUCCGGACGUCGUGCGAGCUGGACAAGAACAAAUGGCCUUGUUAUCCACGAACAAUCGUUUCCUUCAUGACAACCUGGUGAUAUGCGCGAGUCGACUGGCAUCACUUCUGCCAGAACCGCUGUCCGUUUGCUUCCUAGUGAACUCCGGGAGCGAAGCUAAUGAUCUUGCUCUUCGUCUCGCUCAGACGCACACGAAGAACAAGGAUGUUAUUACACUGGACCACGCUUAUCACGGACAUUUGACCACGAUAAUCGAUAUCUCGCCGUACAAAUUCAACAAGCCCAACGGUACCGGCAAGAAGGAUUGGGUGCACGUGGCUCCUUGUCCGGACGUGUACCGAGGAAAAUAUCGCGCUACCGAUCACAUUGGCGAGGACCUCGGUGUUAAAUACGCCGAAGAUGUCAAGCAAAUCUGCAAAGAUAUCAAAGCUGAAGGACGCGGAGUUUGCGCCUACAUCGCGGAGAGUCUCAUGUCGGUCGGUGGACAGAUUCUGCCGCCGCAAAAUUAUUUCAAAAAUGUAUACAGGCACGUGCGUGAAGCGGGAGGAGUCUGCAUUGCUGAUGAGGUUCAAGUCGGUUUCGGAAGAGUCGGCACUCACCUGUGGGCCUUUCAAUUAUACGGCGAGGAGGUUGUGCCGGACAUAGUCACGCUGGGCAAGCCCAUGGGCAACGGUCAUCCCGUUGCGGCGGUUAUCACAACGCCAGAAAUCGCGCGUAGUUUUUGCGAUACUGGAAUCGAAUAUUUUAAUACGUACGGGGGCAAUCCUGUAUCUUGCGCAGUGGCAAACGCAGUGAUGGAAGUCAUAGAACGUGAGGGUCUUCAGGAGAACGCCUUGAAAGUCGGCAAUCAUUUGAUCGCAGAACUGAAGGAAUUGGCGAAGCGACGAAGGAUUAUCGGUGACGUGCGCGGUGUUGGACUGUUCGUGGGCAUCGAAUUGGUACGCGAUAGAAUUAAGAGGAUACCAGCGACAGCAGAGGCAAAACAUGUGGUAUCCAGGAUGAAGGAGAAGAAGAUUCUUAUCAGCAGCGACGGGCCCGACGAUAACGUUUUGAAACUGAAGCCGCCGAUGGUCUUCACACUCGAGAAUGCCAAUCAUUUCGUAUCCGUUCUCGAUGAAACACUCGAAGAAGUCGACAUCGACUUUGACGAGGAACCGACAACCACUACAACUAUCAUCAAAGCAACGAUCUCAUCCAUAGAAGUCGAUAGAAGCACCGCAGUGAACAACGGAACUUCAUUAUUUGUUCAUGCUAAUUAAUAACAUAUUUUGUACACAUAUUAUAAAUUUAAGAAGAUUUCAUCUAAAAAAAGUAUUAUUAUU